CGGCUAUGAGUUACAUAUCUAUUUUCGCAAUGCGCAAUUGCGUAAUGCGUAUUCUUUCUUUAGAACUUUUUAAGUACGGUAUUACAUAAUUUUUCCCCUUUCUAAAACUUUUUUCCUUUUCUGGAGUUUUAAUAAAACCUAAAUCGUAGAUAAUACGAGAACACUGCGUGUUCUACGAUCAUCUUAAAUUGCGCCGGUUUGCUUGAACGAAAAGUUUUAUGAAAAUGACUUACCGAGAUACAAAUGAUCUGGCGCUGUUGAAAUGUCGAAGUAAAGAAACCAGUUGAACUCAUCAUUUUAUUCAAUAAAACUUAUAGAUAAUAUUUCGAAUUAGAUUUCACUUUGUUUAUUUGCUGAGAUAUAGAAAUAUAUUCACCGUUCUGAACACCGUACGCUUUUGCCUUCAACAGCUCAACGAAGUAAACCUCCGUCACGAAGUAGACCUCCUGACAGCGCCUGCGUAGUCAUUGAAAUCAUACAUAUUUUUUCCCCAAUGGAAGUUGCGGCGAUUCUCAGAAGAAUAGCCCUGACUGAAAAUUCUCCCGUCGAGACGAACUUCUCGCACGCAAGCGUCACCGGUUAACUUGUGUGUCACCCGAUACCAUCCCACGGCCACCACUUUAUUGUUGUCAGUCGGAAAUCAAACCUGCGAAGCAAAUAAUUGCAGGACAAUGAUCGCGGGCAUGUCGCCGGCCGACGACCGCGCGCUAUUCCGGAACUUCAAUUACAGGUCCGACGCGGAGUACGUAGUAAGGGUCGCCAAGAUCAUGUUGACGCCUAUCGGCAUCUGGCCACUUUACGGGGGCGACUCUACGUUUGAUAAAAUCAAAUACUAUUUGCAGACGAGCAUCGUGUUCUGCUUGAUGUGUUUUCUGCUCGUCCCGCAUAUAAUAUAUACCUUCUUCGACGCGGAGGACUUGACCAGAUACAUGAAAGUCAUAGCCGCCCAGGUGUUCAGCCUGCUGGGUAUCCUCAAGUUUUGGACGAUGAUUAUUAACAAGAAGGACAUCAAGUGUUGCCUGGAAGAGAUGGAGAUUCAAUACAGAGAUGUGGAGACCGAGGAGGAUCGUCUGGUGAUGAUGAAGAACGCCAAAGUCGGCAGGCAAUUCACGAUGAUAUAUAUGGGAUUGUUGUACGGUGGCGCGUUACCUUACCAUAUAAUUAUGCCACUGGUGGCAGAAAAGAUUGUCAGAGAGGACAACACGACUCACUUACCUCUGCCUUAUCUCAGCAACUAUGUCUUCUUCGUAGUGGAGGACUCACCGUUCUACGAGAUCCUCUUCGUCGUUCAGAUCGUGUUCAGCACAAUGAUCCUGUCCACGAACUGCGGUGUUUACAGUUUAAUCUCGAGCUGCGUGAUGCAUGCCUGUUGCUUGUUCGAGGUUGCCCGCAAACGCAUAGAAACAUUGCUGGUCGGUGGAACUGAUAAUCUUCACGACCAAUUCCGCUGGAUAAUCACGCACCAUUUGAAAGCUCUCAGGUAUGUUGAGAUGAUUGAAAAUUCAUUAAAUAUCGUCUUUCUAUCAGAGAUGGUUGGAUGUACUAUUAUCAUAUGUUUUCUUGAAUAUGGAGUUCUCAAGGAAUGGGAAGAUAAUCAAAUGUUUGGUGUGAUUAUAUAUUUUAUAUUAGUUAUAUCGAUUUUUGUAAAUGUCUUUACCUUAUCUACUAUCGGCGAUCGUCUUAAGGAAGAGAGUAUAAAAAUUGGUGAAGCAUCGUAUUCCAUCGACUGGUACAUGAUACCAACAAAAAACGUGAACAGUUUAAUGAUGGUGAUGAUCAGAUCAAACCGUCCGGCAACUUUAACGGCUGCUAAAAUGUUUGAUAUUUCUCUUCAAAGUUUUUGCGAGGUAUGCAAAACAUCAAUGGCAUAUUUGAACUUUAUUCGAAUGGUUACGACAUAAAAUUUAUUAUUACUCCAAAUGCCAUCUACUAAAAUUAAUUUUUUCUUGCU